AAGUGAAGAAUGAACAGUACCUUUUGUCCUGAAUCGUCACAGGCUGACAUGUUCCCAUGAUAGCCAAUGGUAGUAGCAAAACUGAAUAAACAUCUUAAGGAAGGAUGUCUGUCCUCACGACCAUGGUGGAAUGCAUACCUAAUACAUAAGAAAAACAUCCUAGUAAGUCCAAGAUGUGGACAUAUGCAAAAACAAGCUCCAGCAUACAGCAGCAUUGUUUAAAAAAGUGACAGUCAUUUUCAGCACCUGAGUGCCAGCUAUUUCAUAAGAUUUCCUGGGGACUACUUGUAUCUAUGUUUAGAUGGAAUGGCUGAGCCACUUAUCUGUGAAUGUCUAUUUUAAAACCACGGGUCUCACUCACAGAAGACGAGAUCUGUGCACAAAAUAUUUUUCCUCGUGUGAGAAGCACCAGCUAUUAAAUUUCUAAGGACUUCUGAAGGUGGCUUUUUUCGAUUUGUCUAAUAUGUAUUAACACACAUUAAGUGCUCAAGACAGGCAUGGUUCUGCAUUAGAGGCAUCUGACUGCAGGUUUGGAAACUUUCAGAGAAAAGGAAUAGUUUUGCCAGAGCUCUUUCCCAGAUGAGAAGCAAAAGAAACUGUGAUUUGAUUUCAAGCACUACCGAUGCUUUUGCUGUUAACAGUAUCCUGCUGCGUUCCUUAACAUAUAAUGAAUGAGACAAGAUGUGCUCAAAAGCUACAGCUUCUAAGGAUGUAGGCAGCAAAGACUUUGACACUGUUCAUAUGGGAUCCCAUCCCCUGACUCAGCUAAUAGUCUGAGAUUGCUGAAUUUCUUCGAAAAUAAAAAUAAUUUGGUUGGAUGCAAAUGCUGAUGGAUACAGGAGUGUGCUUAUGUCCUACUCAUUAUGUGAGGAUACUUGUGGACUCCUGAAGUUUCAAUGGUUAGCUCCAAUCCAGACCCUCUGUGCUGUGUAUUUAGACUGAGCUGAUGAACAGUAGAUAAUGGAAGACACUGUGCCAUAGACUCUACCAUGGACUGCAUGAUAUGUACAUGGAAGAAGAUGCAGACUCUGCUUUCAAGUUGUAACCAUGCAAUAUCAACCUAUAAUCAUGUACAGGACUCGUGUCAUUAACAUGCACUGCUGCAAGUAGUAAAAUGCUGCUUUUUGUGAAAGGAGGAAAAGCUUUCAGAAAGCAUAUCCGUACAGCACUUUGACUAGAAGAACUAUAAAAUAAUGGGUUCAAAGGUAUCCUGCCUGUAUAUUUUGACCGUCAUUUGCUGGGCCAGUGCCUUGUGGUUCUUAAGUGUGACUCGCCCUACUGCUUCAUAUACAAGCCAAGGAUUGUCCCAUCAUGUGACAGUGAUUAGGAAGAAUUCAACAUUUAACAAUAUUCGAACUCGGCCCAUAAACCCCCAUGCUUUUGAGUUUAUUAUAAACGAACCUCAGAAGUGUGAAAAAGCAAGUCCUUUCUUAGUUAUCUUGAUAAGCACAGUUCACAAAGAAUUUGAUGCAAGACAAGCGAUUCGAGAAACAUGGGGCAAUGAAAGCACCUUUAAAGGCAUUAAAAUCAUCACACUCUUUCUUCUAGGAAAGAACAUAGAUCCCGUGUUAAAUCAGAUGGUUGAACAGGAAAGUCAGAUUUUUCACGAUAUAAUUGUUGAAGAUUUCAUAGAUUCCUACCAUAACCUAACUCUCAAAACUUUAAUGGGAAUGCGAUGGAUUGCCACAUAUUGUCCAAAAGCCAAGUAUGUUAUGAAAACAGACAGUGACAUUUUUGUAAAUAUGGACAACCUUGUAUACAAACUGUUAAAACCAAGUACCAAACCAAGACGGAGGUACUUUACUGGAUAUGUCAUCAAUGGCAGACCAAUCCGAGAUGUUCGCAGUAAAUGGUAUAUGCCACGAGACUUGUAUCCCGACAGUAAUUAUCCACCCUUCUGUUCAGGGACAGGCUAUGUGUUUUCUGCUGAUGUAGCAGAACUGAUUUACAAAACAUCUCUUCAUACAAGGCUGCUUUACCUUGAAGAUGUGUAUGUAGGACUAUGCCUGCGAAAGCUUGGUAUUCACCCUUUUCAGAACAGUGGUUUCAAUCACUGGAAAAUGGCCUAUAGCUUAUGUAGGUACAGGAGAGUUGUUACAGUGCAUCAGAUUUCUCCAGAAGAAAUGCACAGAAUCUGGAAUGACAUGACCAGUAAAAAGCAUCUAAGAUGUUAAAUUUUAGAGAUGUAAAUACUUGCUCAAUCAGUAGUUGACAUAAAUUACUAAGAAGGGGUGAGAGCAAAUACAUCCUGAAGUAAAGCACAUUUUACUUUUAUGUGCUGGUUAUUAAGGAAAGAAACUGUUGUGCACCAGCUUUCAUUGAUGCAGUGUUUCAUUUUUUUUACAAUGUACAACACUAUACUACAGUGUUUAUUUAAUACUCUUUUAGUUUAAUUGAAAUUGCAAACUAUUAGAAUUAAUUUAAUGUUGGCUUUGGAUCAAGUUUUAUCAGUUAAUUUAAAAUUAUGGAUCUAAAUGUAUUUUUGUUAAUUACUUUUUCACACUAACCACAUUGUUAUAGUUAUAAUGUUAGUGUUUUGUUUUUCCUAUUUCCAUUGUUAAACAUUUGACGUAGAGUAAUGGUUUCUAUCCUUUAGUUUGCAGUACAGCUGUUCUUAAGCAAAUCUAGUUGGCAGCUAAAGGUAAUGAAGAUGUUAUGCAUUAUUAUACGUUAUGUGCUUGGUAUGCUUUGGGAACUAUAUUUCAUCUGAACUGCACAGAGUAACUUUGCUGUCUCAAAUGGAGCAGAGCACAAGUACAUAAACAUUGGGGGGGGGGGUCUUAGUAAACUGGACACAAGCAAAAUAGCUAACUACCAGCACUGUCUGAAAACAAAAGGUGGCUAGAGGUAAAAAGGCAGAAAUUGGUUUUCUUGGGGGGGGGGGGGGCAAAUGUAUCACCAUGUAAGGGACUGUAAAAAUUUUACUCGCUAUAAUCUUAAUAUAAUCAGUUCUGAAGUUGAUCCAUUUUUAGAAAGAAUAGGCAACUCGCUUUGAAGGGUUCUUAAUCAGACAUGUUCUUUUAGCCAGACACUGUCUUUGCAUCAGAAUAACCUAUUGUCAUACUGAUUUUGUCAAUAACCUAUUGUCAUACUGAUUUUGUCAUGCCCUGUGUCAAAGAUAUUUAAAAAUAUUCAAUAACGUGUUCCUGUCUGUCAUCAAACAUCUUAAUGAUUUGUACAAAGAGCAAAGUGACCUCUUUCUUAUUGCCUCCCGGUCCCCCACCACCACAAGUUCUAGAGAGCAGACCUGUCUUCUGUGUAGAAUAUGUGCAAUUCAACAUUAUCAUGUAGGAUGUCAUAAUAAAUAUGUAGGCAGUCAUCUAAUCCAAAACAGUAUUUUGUUCUAGCUUAGUGUAGCAGAGACUGCAUAUAUUGUUAACAAAAAAAAACAUUUUUUACUACCACAUAUUUUUUAAAUGUAUUACUUUCCAAAGAAAACAUUAAUUUCAGUUAUGUUUCAUACCAAACCUCUGGCUCUAAGGCCACUUCUUUCAUAUUAUCUAAGCUUAAAAUUUGAAUUCAUAUUUUUUUACUGUUGGAGAUUAUAUAUCUUGGGCCACCACAAAGCACUUUCACUUCUCUCAGAUCUGUUAUCAUCUCGAAAAGUAUUUCUUCUGAGUUUUCUUAUACAUUCUUAUACCAGUUUUAUAAAUCAGAGGUGCACACCUGCAGGUCUUUGCUUUUGGAGAAACCCGAGUCAUUCAGAAUGACAACUUCCUUGUGUCUAUACUAGAUCCAUAGCUAAGAAAUCCAAGUGAAAAUUAUUUUUGCAGUUGCAGUUGUAGUAGCUACUUAUUGCCAUCAAGACAUGUAGAGAAAUAAAACACUAACAACCAUUUCUGUGUGUCUACUUUGAAACAUAUAACUGACUUAACCUGCAAACAUUAUUGAGUAAUGGAAAUGUUCCACUGCCAUUUUAGUAAUGCAGGUGCAACUCACAUGGGAUAAUUUUCAAAAACAAAUUUGUUUCAGAUCUGUACAAUGUUAAAUAUCACAAGUUCUGUGCUCACCCCUUCUUCUGCAGUAAGUUUGCAAUGACUACCUUAGUAUGAGUUUCAUGUCAAUGAGCGGUCUUAUUACAUAUCUAUGAUACCACACUGUGUCACAACUAUUUUUGUACUAAUUAUCUCUGCCGUGUAGAAUUACAUGUCAGGAUAUUAUGUUCUCUGCCUCUUUUCAUACAUGUGAUUACAGCUUUUAUGUACCCAUGCAUUCUCUUUACCAUGUAGCAUAUGCCUCCUCAUUAUGAACAUAGAUCCUGAUUUUCCUAUAGGUAAACUACUGUAAGAGAAUGUCUCACCUGUGAUAUAGGGCACUGAGGUUAACUGCUGUCCUGACUGGGGCUGCUAAACUUUAGUGAUCCACAGAAUACUUCCUUCAGCUUUUUGUAGGUAGAAUUUCAGUCUGAUGUCCUGUAAGUUUUCAGAGAGUCUGCUUUCUUAACAGGUUUGUCAGAAGAAUGGCUAAGUACAACUGUGAAAAGGAAAGAUUAUUACAUUAAUUAUCUUUUUAUGGGGAAGGAGAGGACUGAGUCUGAAUGUCAUCACUUCUAAUGUAUGAGAUCUGUUAACUGACAUGUCAAACAUUUAUGGAAUUCCUGUGCAGCUAAAAACCAUUAGCUGACUUUUCCUCUUCAGUGCAUAUCUUGCCUACAGCCUCAGGAGAUCUGGAGGGAUUGUCAACAACAAAAAGACAUCAUGUAUGUUUAGCCUUUUUAUGAUUGGGUGCCUACAUUUCCCUUUGUGUCCAUGGAUAGUUUAAAUGGUUCAUUAAUAAAAAAACUGUAUCUGUAAAAUAUCUGUAGUCCUUUCCCUUUAUAUUCCUAUAUUUCUCUAAUGAAACUUUCAAUUUUUCCAUCUUUUUUAAAGUCAUCUGUUAUUAGUGACAACAGAUAGCAGAAGCAGUUACCAUCUCUUGCAUCUGCCAUACUGAGACUUCUGUAAGAUCAGAGUUGUUUGCAGUCUGACAUUUAGACUCAUGACUAGGUUUAUCAUAAGUAUACUUUGAAGACCUUUCUCCAUCAUAAUUGCCACGUAUCUUUUCACUGAAAUGAAGGUAGUGUCCUUCAGUCCCAGAACUGAUGUCCAGUUUAUUGGAACCUUUAUUACAUGUUCUAGAAACAUUACUUUGUCCAGAUUUGACUGGCAGAAUGAAAAAUCACACUUCCAAGCAUACAAAACAACUUCAGACAUGUACUGCAGUGGUUACCUGUUAUGAUAUGUCUACAUAGACACAUUUCAGCCUUUUCUGUCUUCCCCUCAGUUGGAGCUAGCUGUCUUCCUACUAGUGCAUAACAUACUGUCAAGCAAUGACCUGGGAGUACACUUUCAGCCCUGAACAACUCAGUUAUUUUACACUACCCAUACAGUUUCAGUCUUGAUAUUAACAUCCUCUUUGGAAAUUUUCCUUAGCUUGUUGCCUAUAACACUUGAUCCUACAAUCAAAAUGCCCCCAUUGCAGUCAUUUAUGCCACAUCUCCUUGAUUGUCAUUUCACUCCUUCUCCAAGCACUACUGUUGGAUAUGAUUCUAUGCUUCCUUGUGCAAAUUGGUGCCCCAGAACACAUUCAUUUCUCCUUUGUUAUUGCUUUUAUAUUUUCUGGCUGUACUCUCUUAAGAGGUCUAAUUCUCAUUGGUUUCCAUUCUUAUUAAGUGUUAUUCCAAGGACCAUAUUUGCGAUCCUUAUAAUAAGGGAACUGAAAGUGUUAAUGUUGGAGACUAUAUACUUAGUGUGAGGUUUUGGUAGCUCAAGGUAUUUCCCUUAUUCCAAAAUGCAGUGAUCUUGAAGUUAGUUUGAAAGUAACAAGGGUGUCCCCCCAGUGGCAGGUUUUGACAUUUGACAUUUUUUUCUCUUGAACUACAGUUUAUUUUUAAUAUGUGGGACCCACAAUUUCAGAUCUUGUUCUUGACAGGAAACACCUGAGGAGGCCUCAAGCUCAGUUAUAGCAUAUGCACUCACUAUAUCAGUUGGUCCUCAUAGUCACCUUGUACAGUGGAUGCUUUUUACCCUUCUUUCAUCUGCUUGUGCCAAAUGUGGCCACUCCUUCCCAUGUCUGUGAAUGGAUCUAACUGUAGGUCUGACAAAUAUUUAAUUGUUAUAUUCAUCUGUAUUGUUCAUAAGUACUUACUAGACUAUUAAUCUGUGAGGAUAUUAAGAAGCCUAGCUUUACAUUCCCAUGAUAGUUUUUAGCACUUAUAUUUUGCAUACAAAUAACCCAGAAAAAGGCCUGAACAAGGAUAUGUUGGGACAUUUACAUGUUUACUCUAUCUGAAAGGGAUAAGGGUGCUAAAUCAUGGGUGAAUUCAUGGUCACACAUCCUUUCUUCUGAAUUAUAUUAAAAUACAGUAAAGUAAGUAUUUGUUUUAAGGAGAGUGGAAGGUGGUUUUAUACAAGUCAAAUUCUCUGUGAUACUAACCUAUCCCUCCAGUAUGUCUUUUUUUUUGCAAAAGAGAUUGAGAUUCCUUGAGUAGGUGUUUAUGAUACCAUUUUACUUACGAAUGUGUAAUCAGUCUGACAGAAUAGGGACUAUUGAAGCUCAAUACGUAAGGCAGAGGGCAUCUCUCAGUAGCCUGUACGAUACUGAGAAUAGGGUCAAGGCUUUUAGAUAGUUUGCCAUUUUUUAUACAAUUUGGGCCAUUGGUUUUUAGUGAGAAUGAGUUGUGGUAUUCCAGAUGUGACAAGUUUUUGGACAGGUACUUACUGAAAGGAACAUUAAACUAAAUGGUUGGUCUAAUGAGUGCUGAAUCAUCUUCAAAAUAUAAUAUUCACCUUCAAAUAUAAGCUGUACAAUGAAAAAGAGCUUCCUUACAACAGUGGGCACAUGAUAACUAAAGGACAUUUCAUUACUGACAUAGGUUCCCAGAUCACUAACUACAGGAUUCAUUUGUCAAUGUGGUGGUUACAAGGGGAUCAUGCUAACUGAAGGAUAAGAUUGUAAACUUCUUGGCAUUUUAUUUUAGUCCACGGUUUUGACAUUAGCUAUUUGAUUGGGACAGAUUUUGAGUCUUUUGUUUCCUGUCUUUCAGGUUAUUCUUAAUCAGAGAAUAGGGUAAAUGAGUGUCGCAGGACUUAAUUCAUCUACCUAACCUAUUCCAGCAGGAGGCAUGUGCAUCAACAACAAGAGAAAUGACAAAAACAUCUAAAGUAUACUGAGCUGGUGAUAUCAGAAAAGGAAGCCCCAACACUUAUUCAUUGUAGAUGGCCUUCCUAACAGAUGUACAGACAUGGUAAAGAAAUUGCUACUGCUGUUUCUACUUAAUAUUCUUCAGGGCCUUUGCUUAACUCUGUUAAAUUUCUACUUUUAAGCUUAAACGAAAUUGGGCCAAACACAUUCUAGCAGCCUUGUUGUUUUUAUCAUUCAGUACCACCACUAUUAAACAUACUAGAAAAUUCUUGCAAAAUAUAAGUAUUAAAAUCUAGUGUAUGCUGUCAGACGUCUGAUGUGCAUCCCUACAAUAAACUGUACACCUAACAUAUCUGGUGUUUUUAAAAUCAAAUUCUGAUAGCCUACAUGCCUGUACUGCUGCAAUAUUUCAGAAUUAAUGAAAGGACCUCUGUAGCAUUAUUUUUAGUUUGCUGCAACAUUUCACAGACUUUAUCCUGAAGUACAUAAUAGUGUUUUCUCUUGCUUUGAUUUUUUUCUACCCUGUUUGGUUCUACGUUAGGAUCCCCUGCUGGUGAAAUGUUUCGAUCUUAUACAAUAUAAAUGAUUCAUACUCACAAUAUUUCUGCUCAUUUCAUUUCCUGCCAGCCUUGAUGUUUUGUACAUUGUGUGGACUUCAUACUGUGGAGUCAGUUCAUACAGUGUUAAUUCCCACAGGUCAGUAGACUCACCUUACGUUGGUGCAGACUUUGCUUUCAAUACUUGAAGGCAAGGUCGUUUAGGCUGUAGGGGUCCUAUUUGUUACAGAUUGUUUCCAUUUUUGCAGGACUGCAAUAAUAAUGUUGUCUAUAUCACCAUCAUUAAUGGCUUCUGUUGUUAAAGCCUAGCACUUCUAUCUUUUUGUCAGCCUACGUUGUAUAGUCUUCUGUUAUCAAGGCUUCUAAGAGGUCAGUAUCCUUUGCACUGUUACAGAACAUCUUUCCCAUAACUGAGCAGUAUUUACACAUUUCCUGUUUGUGAUAUGUGCCAUAGAAUGGCACAAUAAAUGUGCCAAGCACAGAGCUGUACAAGUAAAAAAAAAAAAGUGUCCCCGAAAUAAUACUUCCUUUCUAAGUGCCAGACUCCUAGUUUUAGUGAUUUCAACAAAAGAAUGGGUGAAACUCUUUCCCUGAGUAAGUAGUUUGACAAUUCUUUGAUGUUCUUUGCUACUACCAACAGGAUAUGAUAAAUCUUCUCAUACUGAAUGAGCUCUUUUAUGCUGCUCAUAGCUAAACACCAUCUCUACUCUAAGACAAGUUUAGUGGACUUAAAAACAUCCAGCGCUGAUCACAUAUCAAUGAUACAUGACAGUGAGCAAGUUUCUGCAUACAUCAGCCAAUCAGAGCUCUAGAUGAAGGUAUUCAUGCUGACUUGCAGAACUAUGGUGUUUUUCUUUAUUGGUUGCUGUGCUUUAUACUGUCAGUGUCUGUUACAUGAUCCCUGGUUACAACAUUUUUAUCUGACCUCUUAGUUGUGCCAGUCACUGGGCACUGCCCUCCAGAAAAAAUAUUCAGCAGUAGCUUGCAAAAUCACUUUCUUCAGUCUUAAAUAGCGUAUGUGCACCCAUAUACUUCCAUAUCUCCCAACAACUACCAAGCCAUCUUGGUCAGCAACAGCUCUGGGGCCUCCUGUUCUACAGAUUUCAGUAAUUCAUUAUCCAUCCCUUUUCUUUUGCUUUUCUGACAUGGAAACUAACUGGUAUGUAACACAUUCUUCUUCAGGAAUUAAUUCUGAUUGUUGCAUUUUAACAUGAAAUCUUGCUUGUGAAGUACCAUUAGUGUUGUCUUUAUGUUUAGGUGCCAUAUGAAUGAGUUCCCGUAAGCCAUUAUCUCCCAUUACACAUUUUGAUACAGUAUAAAGCUGUUUGUAUAGUUUUAAAUUGGAUGUUCUUUGGAUAGCAUCCUAAUUAAUAUUGUGUUAAGCCAUAAGAUUUAUUCCAAGCCCAGGGAUUGUGCAUUAGCACAAACAGCAAUAUUUAUAAUCAGAGGAUUUGGAUACUGAAAUUAUAAUUAAUUGUGAAAGACCAAUAUUACAAUUAAUAUGCAUCAGUCCAGAAAAAUAACUUUGUUUAAUAUAAUGUUGCACAGGUCUGUAUACUUUACUCUGGGGAAAGUAAUUCUUACAGAGUUUUGCAGUUCAUAUGACCCUGUAGGUUCAAGGUUGGAGACAGCUGCUCCACUUUUCAUACAGCAAAAAUGAUCAGAUUAUGGCUUGAAGCAUAAAAUAAUUAAUUAUUUGUGAGAGAAGUGUUUAUGAAAGCAACAUGUGUCAUGUAUUAUGCGUAGAUUGUCGUAUUUGUUUAUCAAAAGAUGUAUAUAUGCGUUCAGGCAGUAUUUUGCUGUAAAACUGCAGUGUUUCAUGUUACUGUAUUUCUCAUGGUUGUGAGACAUUUAUAACUGUAUUGACACAAUGACAAUACUGAUGAUAUCUAUAUUUUAUAUAGAUCUCAUGAAAAUUAUUGUUAUUUCAGAGGUGCUAUGCACAGUUUACUUCAUUAAGUCACCAGUAUUUGAAGAAAUAUUACAUUGAAGCAUGACUUUAACACCUGUAGUCUGUCAAAAGCCACAGUCCUGUAAAAAGAUUCAAACUUUUUAUGAGAAGAAUACAUAUGGACUAUUAGAUUUUUAAAUAUCAUAUAAAAAACUUGCAUGAACUGUAGUUAUCAUAUACAUAUUCUGUUAAGAGUGUAAAUAAAGCUUGGUAAAUGUGUAUACUUUACACUUAACGUUGUUGAUGUGUGCCUUCACCUGAGGCUGAAAACCAUUCCACUUUAUAACAUAACUCUCAUUUACUCUGUUGUAUGUAUAAUAUGUUUAAGCUCUAGGUCAUACAUAGUACAAGGUCCAGAGAUGGUCAGGAUGGAGCUUCUGGCUCCCUGACAUUAGUACUAGUAAGAAAAAACUAUUCAGUAUCUUGGUAUGUCAAGAAUAAAUGGUUUAGAAUUUU